AUGCCCUUGAAAAUUUCUCACUUAGCUGGGCAUAUUUUCCGUCAAUUUUACGAGUACUUCUCCGAGUCCCUUUCAAAUGCUUCUGAAGCCAGCUGGGAAGAGCUAGAAUUGUUUAUCAUCGAAAAAUACCUCAAUACAGGAAAACUACAAGCAAUCGAAAAUCGGGAGAAAUGGAAUCUUCUGAUUUCUUUUGCCCAAAACUGCGACGAGAAAUUAUUUAGUUUCGUGUCCAAACUAGCCGUGAAAUCGUCAAAAGUUACUUUUGCAGCUGCUUUAGGAGAGGAUGAGGAAAAAUUAUGA